AAGUAAGUGCGCACGGUCGCCCAGGGUACCCCCUUCCUAGUCGCGAGGUUCUGCCGAGCACCAGCUUGCAGCUGGCUCGGGAGACGUCAACGCGCCACACUUGGGGACGGCGUCCGGUACUCAGAACGUCCCAGAGAAGCUCUCGAGCCGCGUCCUCCCAUCCGAGGAGAUGCAGCUAAGCUCCGAGAGGUGCCGGCUGAUGGCCUCCGUAGAGGGGUGGGAAGGAUGAACCCAAAGAGAAAAUACCAGGAAACUUGACACAGCUUCCCCUGAGUAGCAAAUAGUUCUGAUCCAUCCAUCAGCAGGCAGCCCAAACUGUGGCCCUGGGGCGGGCCUAAGAUUCGGAGCUGCGCGGAGUGGUACCGACUGUCUUCGGCUCUUUCCGCCGCCAGCCGCCAGUCGUUUCGGAAAGCAUCGGAGGCGCGGCGCUCUCCCUCGACUGCUUCUGCUUUCUUCCAGCGGUGUUGUCCUGGCAACAUGGAGACACAGGGAAUCUGGAGAAGUUAGAUUCCUAUAGCUGAGGUACUUGAAGCUUGUUUUAAUAGAAGAAAAGGUUUCAUCCCUGACCAUAUCUAUGCAUCAUCAUGGCACUGUAUUUUGAUCACCGAAUCAAAGCCCCAGAUGCAUCCAGAUCUCCCUCUCUCAUUACCUGGCACCCCACCCACCCAUUCCUGGCAGUCGCAUCCAUAAGCCCAUCUUCUGGAGGCACCGUAGAUGUCUACCUUGAACAGGGUGAGCCUGUGCCUGACACCCACAUUGAAAGGUCCUUCCGAGUCACUUCACUAUGCUGGCACCCAACAAGGCUUAUCCUGGCUAUUGGCUGGGAGACUGGAGAAGUGAUCAUGUUUAAUAAGCAGGACAAGGAGCAGCACACAGUGCCCCUGCCACAUACCACUGACAUUGCCAUCCUCAGCUGGAGUACCAGUGGGAGCUGCCUGGUAUCUGGAGAUAAGCUUGGAGUCCUGCUCUUGUGGAGACUGGACCAGCGGGGCCGAGUACAGGGGACUCCACUCCUGAAACACGAAUACGGGAAGCCACUCACCCAUUGCAUCUUCCGGCUCCCCCCACCUGGAGAGAAUCUGGUUCAGUUGGCAAAGGCAGCAGUAAGUGGUGAUGAGAAAGCCCUGGACAUGUUUAACUGGAGAAAAAGCAGCUUUGGAAGUUUCCUGAAGACGGGGUCUCAAGAGGGGCUGUCUUUCUUUGUCAGUCUGAUGGAUGGGACAGUGCACUAUGUGGAUGAAAAAGGCAAGACUGCCCAGGUGGCGUCCACAGAUAGCUCCGUCCAGAUGCUGUUCUACAUUGAGAAGAGAGAAGCACUGGUUGUGGUUACCCAGAACCUCCUGCUGUCUUUGUAUGUGGUGACUCCUGAGGGGGAAGCUGAAGAAGUGAUGAAGGUAAAGUUGAGUGGGAAACCAGGCCGCCGGGCAGAUAUCACUUUGAUAGAGGGUAGUCUUCUUGUCACAGCCAUCGGAGAACCAGUGCUCAGAUUCUGGGACUUAGAACGAGGAGAGAAUUACAUACUGAGCCCACAGGAGAAGUUUGGCUUCGAAAAAGGAGAGAGUAUAAACUGUGCUUGUUUCUGUAAAGCCAAAGGUCUCCUGGCUGCUGGGACCAAUAAAGGGCGAGUAGCCUUGUGGAAAAAAAUGCCAAAUUCCCCAAAUGGCAGAGGGGUGGAGGGCAAGGACAUGUGGGCCCUUCAAACACCUACUGAGCUUGAAGGAAACAUCACACAAAUAAAGUGGGGCUCCAGGAAGAACCUUCUGGCAGUGAGCAGCGUCAACUCUGUGUCCAUCCUCAGUGAGCAAGCCAUGUCAUCGCACUUUCACCAGCAAGUAGCUGCUGUGCAGAUCUCCCCAAGCUUAGUCAAUGUGUCUUUCCUGUCCACGGGGAGCACACACAGUCUGCAUACUGACAUGCACAUCACUGGAGUGUUCGCUACCAAGGAUGCUGUGGCUGUCUGGAAUGGAAAACAGGUGGCGGUCUUUGAACCUUCAGGAUCUACCUUAAGGAAUGCAGGGACAUUCCUGUGUGAAACGUCAGUGUUAGCAAUGCAUGAGGAAAGCAUUUAUACAGUGGAGCCAAACCGAAUUCAAGUACGGACCUGGCAGGGAACUGUCAAACAACUUCUGCUGUUCUCGGAGACCGAGGGGAGCCCCUGCUUCCUAGACAUCUGUGGGACUUUCCUGGUUGCAGGGACAGAUUUAGCUCACUUUAAAAGUUUUGAUCUCUCCAGAAGGGAAGCAAAAGUGCACUGCAGCUGCAAGAACCUGGCUCAGAUGAUCCCUGAUGUGGGGAGCAUCACUUCUCUGAGAUGCAAUGCCAGUGGGAACAAGAUCAGCAUCCUCCUUAGCAAGGUUGACAAUAGCCCUGAUUCAAAAAUCUACAUCUAUGAUGUUGAGAUGGACACAGUGAAUGUCUUCAACUUCAAGACUGGACAGAUUGGACAGAUGCAGACACUGCCCUUUAACGAGCCGGAGGCCAAUGAGACCCACAUCUUUAUGCAUGAAAGACUAGAGAGUUACGUUCCUGUGAACCAUUUCUGGGAUCAGAGUGAGCCCAGGCUCUUCGUGUGUGAGGCCUUGCAGGAAGCACCUGGAGCCCAGCCACAGGCUGUAGACAAGCAGCCCCACGUGGAGGACACAUGCCACAAGGAAGAUGUUUUGAUUUUGUCAUUCUUCGCUUCUGAAGAGCAUGGCUUCUUGCUCCAUGACUGCUUCCCCCGGCCUCCUACCUACCAGAAUCUCCUGGGAAUGGAAGUGCCUCAUUAUUACUUCACAAAAAAGUUGUUAUUCCACAGAAGAGGCAUCUAUGAUGCAGUCCCUGGAGAAGUGGAGAAAGAAGACAGGGUGGAUUCUGGGCACUACCACAUCCCUCAGAUGGUAGCCAAGAGACCCCUACAAGACUUUGUGGGUCUGGAGGACUGUGACAAGCCAACUCGGGAUGCCAUCCUCAACUUCAGCUUCUUUGUCACCAUUGGGGACAUGGAUGAAGCUUUCAAAUCUAUCAAACUCAUCAAAAGUGAGACUGUCUGGGAGAACCUGGCACGCAUGUGUGUGGAGACUCAGAGGCUGGAUGUUGCCAAGGUGUGCCUAGGGAACAUGGGCCAUGCCCGUGGGGCCCGAGCACUUCGGGAAGCUGAGCGGGAGCCAGAACUGGAAGCCAGAGUGGCCAUGCUGGCCAUCCAGCUGGGCAUGCUGGAGGAGGCUGAACAACUCUACAAGAAGUGCAAGCGCUAUGACCUCCUGAACAAGCUCUACCAGGCCUCAGAUCAGUGGCAGAAAGCUGUGGAGGUGGCUGAGCUCCACGACCGCGUCCACCUGCGCACCACCUACUACAACUAUGCUAAGCACCUGGAGGCCAGUGCUGACUGUGGCCUGGCCCUCAAUUACUAUGAGAAGUCAGACACCCACCGUUUUGAGGUUCCGAGGAUGCUCUCAGAAGACCUGCAGUCACUGGAGCUCUACAUCAAUAGGAUGAAGGACAAGACCCUGUGGAGGUGGUGGGCCCAGUACCUUGAGAGCCAGGCAGAGAUGGACACUGCAUUGCGCUACUACGAGCUGGCACAGGACUACUUCUCCCUGGUCCGUAUUCAUUGCUUCCAGGGCAACAUCCAGAAGGCUGCCGAUAUAGCCAACGAGACUGGAGACUGGGCUGCGUCUUACCACCUUGCCCGGCAGUACGAGAGCCAGGACGAGGUAAAGCAGGCAGUGCACUUCUACACACGGGCACAGGCUUUCAACAACGCCAUCCGCCUGUGCAAGGAGAAUGGCUUAGAUGACCAGCUCAUGAACUUGGCCCUGUUGAGCUCCCCAGAGGACAUGAUCGAGGCAGCCCGGUAUUACGAGGAGAAGGGCGAGCAGAUGGACAGGGCUGUCAUGCUGUAUCACAAGGCUGGACACUUCUCCAAGGCCCUGGAGUUGGCCUUCACCACCCAGCAGUUUGCAGCUCUACAGCUCAUAGCAGAGGACCUGGAUGAGAAGUCAGAUCCUGCUCUGCUGGCCCGCUGCUCAGAUUUCUGCAUUGAACACGGGCAGUUUGAAAAGGCUGUGGAACUUCUGCUGGCUGCCAAGAAGUAUCACGAGGCUCUGCAGCUGUGCCUAGAACAGAACAUGACCAUCACCGAGGAGAUGGCAGAGAAGAUGACUGUGGCCAAGGACUCCAAGGAUCUGUCGGAGGAGUCACGGCGUGAGCUGCUGGAACAGAUUGCCAACUGCUGUAUGCGCCAGGGCAACUAUCACCUGGCCACCAAGAAGUACACGCAGGCUGGGAACAAGCUGAAAGCCAUGAGAGCACUGCUAAAAUCUGGAGACACAGAGAAAAUUGUCUUCUUUGCGGGCGUCUCAAGACAGAAGGAAAUCUAUAUCAUGGCAGCCAAUUACCUCCAGUCCUUGGACUGGCGGAAGGAGCCAGAGAUCAUGAAGAAUAUCAUCAGCUUCUAUACCAAAGGGCGGGCCUUAGACCUCCUGGCUGGCUUCUAUGAUGCCUGUGCCCAGGUGGAGAUUGAUGAAUACCAGAACUAUGACAAGGCUCACGGGGCACUGACUGAAGCCUAUAAGUGCCUGUCCAAAGCCAAGGCCAAAAGCCCCCUGGACCAGGAGACCAAGCUAGCCCAGCUACAAAGCAAGAUGACCCUAGUGAAGAGGUUCAUCCAGGCCCGAAGGACAUACACAGAGGACCCCAAAGAGUCCAUCAGACAGUGUGAGCUGCUCCUAGAAGAGCCAGACCUGGACAGCACCAUCCGUAUCGGGGACGUCUAUGGCUACCUGGUGGAACACCAUGUACAGAUGGAGGAAUACCAAAUGGCCUAUAAGUAUCUUGAGGAGAUGAGGAAAAGACUUCCUUCAGCCAACAUAUCUUACUAUGUGGACCAGAGCACUGUGGACACUGUGCACCAGGGCCUGGGCCUCCCACCAUCUCGCAUCAUGCCUGAGCGUGUCCGCCACAACAGCAUGGAGGACCACAAGGAUGUGUAUGAAGAGGUGCUGGAAGAGGUGGAAAACGAACCCUGAAAGCCCUGGGUUCCAGCUGCUGGAAUGUGGCUUCUGGAAUUUUCUCAUCAAGUCAUCGGAAAGGCAGCUUUUUGUUUUUUUGUUUGUUUAUUAUUAUUUUGAAAUUCUGCAUUGUCGUGUGUAAGCAGGGCAGGGGACAUGGAGUCCAGCACUGCGGCCCAGGAGGAGGUGCAGUUCUGGUUUGCCUCGGUUCAGUACUUAGAAGGAGGAUUGCAUUUGUGUGGGGUCAUUCCUUCACCAUUCCCACCUCCAGGCACUUGGCGGCUCAGUGGGUUUGGUUUACUUCCUUUUAGAGGGAGUUAGCUUCAUUUUUCUCAUGUCCUCCCAGCAAUAGAGUCAGAAACUUCUAGGGGCUACUUGUUACUGUUAACCGUGCCUGUAGUUGUCUACUUGAUAGUCCCCAGCAGAGCCCAGUGCUCCUGGGACCACAGCAAGGACCACCUGGGGCAGGCUGAGCCCCGAACACUGUGCCCUUUGUCACCAGAGCAGGGAUUGGGAUACCAGGCACCAUCCAUGGCUGCCCACACUCCUGUGACUCCAAAUAAAGCCCAUUUUCUCAGA